AUGUCUGGAUUCGACUUUACCGAGCGUGCCCAGUCGUCGCUGGAACAGGCGUUCCAGUUGGCGAAGGACCAUGCCAAUGCACAGCUUACGCCUGCGCACAUUGCACUGGCGCUGCUGACCGAUGAUACCAGUAACUCGACCGGUGUGCAGAGCACCAACAAGGACUCGCAGUCCCUCUUCAAGAGCCUCUGCGAGAAGACGGGCGUGAACUACAAGACGCUGGAGGAGAAGCUGCGUGCGAACCUGCGCAAGAUUCCCCAGCAGUCCCCUGCCCCUGACGAUGUGAGCCUCACGGGCGCCGCGAACAAGGUGCUCAAGCAGGCCCAACACUAUGAGAAGACGCAGCGCGACUCGUUCAUAGCGCAGGACCACCUGCUCCUUGCGCUCCUCGACGACUCGACGAUCAGCGCGAUGCUGAAGGAGUGUGGCCUCGCGAACGACGAGAUGCUGCGCAACGCCAUCAACCAAGCACGAGGUGGCCGCCAUAUCGACUCCAAGUCCGCCGAGGCCGGCUACGACGCCCUCGGCAAGUACUGCACGGACCUCACGGAGCUCGCCGCGGAAGGCAAGCUCGACCCUGUGAUUGGCCGUGACAAUGAGAUCCGCCGCGUCGUGCGCGUUCUCUCGCGCCGCACCAAAAACAAUGCGGUGCUCAUCGGCUCGCCCGGUGUGGGUAAGACGGCCGUCGUUGAGGGCCUCGCACAGCGCGUCGUGAACCGUGACGUGCCGCCGAGCCUCCUCGGCAAGAUCCUCUCGCUGGACAUGGGCUCGCUCAUGGCCGGCGCCAAGUACAAGGGUGAAUACGAGGAGCGCGUCAAGGCCGUCCUCACCGACAUUGAAAAGAUGACCAGCGACGGCACGCCGUGCAUUCUCUUUAUCGACGAGAUGCACUUGAUGAUGGCCGGCAAGGGCGGCGACACGGGUAUGGACGCGGCCAACCUCCUCAAGCCGAUGCUGGCGCGUGGCAAGCUGCGCUGCAUCGGUGCGACGACCCUCAACGAGUACCGCCAGUCGAUCGAGAAGGACGCCGCACUCGAGCGCCGCUUCCAGCAGGUGCUCGUCGAGGAGCCGACCGUCGAAGACACAGUCGCCAUCCUCCGUGGUCUCCGCGAGAAGUACGAGGUGCACCACGGUGUGCGCAUCCUCGACGCGGCGCUCGUCUCGGCCGCGCAGCUCGCCAAGCGCUACCUCACUGCGCGCAAGCUCCCGGAUGCGGCCAUUGACCUGGUCGACGAGAGCUGUGCGGACGUGACCGUCUCGCGCGAGACGGUGCCAGAAGCCAUCGACACGCUCGAGCGCCGCAAGCUUCGCCUCGAGAUUGCGAUGCACGCGCUCGAGCGCGAGAAGGACCCCCAGAGCAAGGAGCGCCUCGCCGAGACGCGCAAGGACCUCGCCGCGCUCGAAGACGAGCUUGCGCCGCUCAAGGCCGAGUUUGAGGCGGUGAAGGCCAAGGGUAACGAGGUGAACAAUGUGCGCCGCAAGAUUGACGAGCUGCGCGCCAAGGCGGCCGAUGCUGAGCGCCGUUACGACCUCGCGACGGCCAGUGACCUGACCUACUACGCGAUCCCCGAUCUGGAGAAGCGCCUCGAGGAGCUCCAGGAACAGGAGCGCCAGGACGAGGAGCAGGGCAAGACCAACGCGGCCAAUUCGGUCACGAGCGAGAACAUUGCCGCGAUCGUUGCGCGCUGGACCGGCAUUCCCGUCUCGCGCAUGCUCGAGAGCGAGCGCACCAAGCUGCUCAAGCUCGAAAAGAUUCUCCAGCGCGAGGUGGUCGGCCAGAACGAGGCGGUGAAGGCCGUCGCGCAGGCGAUCCGCCUGUCGCGCAGCGGUCUCGCGAACCAGUCGCGCCCAAUUGCGAGCUUCCUCUUCUGUGGCCCUUCGGGUACCGGUAAGACGCUCAUGAGCAAGUCGCUCGCGACCUACAUGUUCGACGACCCCGAGGCUAUGGUGCGCAUCGACGCCAGCGAGUACUCGGAGAAGCACAGCAUCUCACGCCUGGUCGGUGCGCCCCCGGGCUACAUUGGCCACGACGAGGGUGGUGUGCUGACCGAGGCGGUGCGCCGCCGUCCUUUCUCGAUCGUGCUGAUUGACGAGAUCGAGAAGGCCUCGCGCGAGUUUGUCCAGCUCUUUUUGCAGGUGCUCGACGAGGGCCGCCUGCAGGACAGCCAGGGCCGUCAGGUGUCGUUCCGCAACACGAUCAUCAUUAUGACGAGCAACCUCGGCUCGAGCUUCAUCAACGAGUCGGACGAGGAGCAAAUCACGCCGCACGUCCGUGAGCUGGUGCAGGGCGCAAUCGGCGCGCACUUCCCGCCGGAGUUUAUCAACCGUAUCGACAGCACGGUGAUCUUCUGCAAGCUGACGCGCGUCGAUGUGCGCCGCAUUGUCGAGAUCCGCAUCAAGGAGCUGCAGAAGCGCCUCAUUGACAAUGGCCGCCACUCGCGCCUGGUGGUCGACGAGGCAGCCAAGGACUGGCUGGGCAGCGUCGGCUACUCGCCGACGAUGGGCGCGCGCCCGCUGGGCCGUGCGAUCCAGGACCAGCUGCUGCACCCGCUUAGCAUGCUCCUGCUCCGUGGCCAGAUCCACAACGACGACCCUGAGAUCCACGUCACGUUUGAUCAGCACCGCAACGCACUGCUCAUCAAGCCGAAUCACGAGCCGACAGUGUCGAUGAAUGACGAAGACGAGGACUUUAUGGACGAGGACGACCUCGAAGAGCCUCUUGACUAA